AUGGAUGAGGACGAUGAUCUCUUCGGCUCAGAUCUCGACGAUGAUGAUAAAAGAGAAAAGGGAAGUCCAGAGGACAAGAAAUUCUUUUUCCGAAAGGAACUUCGUUCUAUGCUCUAUGGUUUCGGAGAUGACAAGGUACCAUAUGAUAAAACGCUCGAAACACUGGAAGGAAUAGUUCUAGACUACAUCAAGGAGUUGUGCGAGCGAGCUAUGAAU